AUGGAGUGCAAUAAAGAAGAGGCCAUCAGGGCAAAAAAUUUAGCCGAGACCAAGUUGCAAAACAAGGAUUAUGUAGGGGCCCGGAAAAUGGCUAUCAAGGCUCAGCAGCUUUACACCAAUUUGGAUAACAUUUCUCAGUUCUUGAUUAUCUGUGAUGUACACUGUGCUGCUGAGCAGAAGAUAUUGGGGACCGAGAUGGACUGGUAUGGUAUCCUUAAAAUUGAGAGGACUGCUGAUGACACCGCUAUCAAGAAGCAGUACAAGAGGCUUGCUCUUCUACUUCAUCCUGACAAAAAUAAGUUCCCUGGUGCCGAAGCUGCCUUUAAGUUGAUUGGUGAAGCACAAAGAGUUCUCUUAGAUAAAGGGAAAAGGUCCUUACACGACUUGAAGUGCAGAGCUUCUGUGAGCAAACCUGCACCUUCAUACAAGAAUCCUCAGAUGCCAACCUACAGCUCAACCUUUGGGGCCCCUAACAAUGUCAGGGGGAAUGUUCCUGGCUUCAAUCCACCACAACAGCAGAGGCCACUACAACAGCCAGCAGCAACUCAACAUCAAGCAGGGUAUGUUAAUAACCGUCCAACCUUCUGGACUGCCUGUCCCUUUUGUCAUUCAAGGUACCAGUACUAUAUGGAUAUCAAGGAUAGGUCAGUUGUAUGUCAGAAUUGUCUUAAAUCCUUUAUAGCACAUGAACGGAGUGCACAAGGGGUGCCAACAGCAAAAAAGUUCACACAGCCAGUGUUUCACCAACCGAAGGAUGCUCCUCCUAAAAAUGCUGCCAAUGUGGGAGUUGGAACCCAGGGGAACACUAGUGGAGGGAAGUCUAAGGUGGCACAUCAAAAGAAACCUAAUGAUGAUGUGGUUGGUCGGGGGAAGGCAAAUGGAUCGAGACAUAGGAAGAAAGAUGAUUUCAUUGAAAGCUCAGAUUCUGACAGCAGUAGCACCGAUGAAGAAACAAUAAUGAAGGCUGCUGGUGAUUUGGGAAGUUACAAGGAGCAGCCAAGGAGGUCCGUUCGAAGUAGACACCAGGUUUCCUACGAAGAAGAAAAUCAAAGUGACGAGGAAGAUCUUGCUACCCCUCGGAAAAAAGCAAAGUGUGAUACGGAAGAGGAUGUUGGGAAUGGUGUGGGGGAGGAUAUAUCCGAGAAAGAUAUGCAGGGUUCUGAAGGGGCUGUAGCUGGAGACAAGAACAACUUGAAUCCAGAUGGCGUAGUGGAUGAAGAUGAGAAGAUAAACCAGCCAUCUGCUGUAGACACAGAGACGUUUGAUCUUCCCGAUCCAGAGUUCAAUGACUUUGACCAACUCCGUGAUAAGAAGGCUUUUAAAUCCGGGCAGAUAUGGACUCUAUAUGACACCAGGUACGGGAUGCCCAGGUUUCAUGCUCGAAUCAAUAGAGUUUUUUCUAGUGGUUUCAAGCUGAAGAUCAGAUGGCUGGAACCUGAACCUGAUGAUGCUGACGAACGUGAAUGGGCAAAAGCUGACCUGCCAGUUUGUUGUGGUAAGUUCAAAUUUGGCAAAGAUGAAGAUGUUGAAGACCGUGAAUUGUUUUCGCACCAAGCUAAGUGGGAGAAAGGCUCCCACCAACAUAAGUACAUAAUACUUCCCAAAAAGGGAGAGAUUUGGGCUCUGUUCAAGAACUGGGAUAUCAAUUGGAAGUCCGAGAUUCAGACCGAUGAGAAUCGUCGAGAGUUUGAGUAUGAUUUUGUUGAAGUGUUGUCCGACUUCAGUUAUGAUGAUGUGGGUGUCUCGGUAGUGUACUUGGGGAAGUUGAAGGGCUUUGUAAGUCUCUUCUGCCGAAUCAGCAACAAACCUGUCCAGAUCAAGCCAAGCGAGUUGUUUCGAUUCUCCCACCUGGUGCCAUCCUUUACCAUGACAGGUGAAGAGAGAAAAGAUGUACCCAAGGGUUCAUUUGAGCUUGAUACAGCUUCUCUCCCAGAGAAAAUGGAAGAAAUUGAUGCUCCUGAAAUCUCUGAAUGCCAGGAGGACGGUGCUAGCGAAGUGAAACCAGAAGUGGCAAGCUCUCCUGCUCCGGAGAUCAAGAUCAAUGAUGCUCAUGAUGAUGUUGGAGUUGACGAGGCUGAAGAUCCUGGUUCUCCACUUGCAACAGAUCAAGAAAUCCUGGACCCAGAGUUCUUCAAUUUCGAUGAUGAGAAAGCAAUAGAGAAGUUCAAAUCCGGUCAGAUCUGGUCCUUGUACAGUGACGAGGACAGUUUGCCCAAGUACUAUGCACGAGUUACCCGGGUCACCAAAGGCAAAUCAGUCCGUUUUCACGUUACCUGGCUUGAAUCUGCUCAGUUACCAACUGGGUCAAUUCAGUGGGCUGAUACGGAAAUGCCCAUUUCUUGUGGAAGAUUCAAGGUCAGUAAGGGCAGUAACGCACAUAUAAGCUACGACUCAACUGGACCCUUUUCUCACCUGGUGAAUGCAGAACCAGCUGGCAAAAUAAACGAGUACAACAUUCUCCCCGCAAAAGGCGAGAUUUGGGCACUCUACAGAAACUGGUCUCACUCAAUUCUGAUGUCCGAGUUAGCGACCUGUGAUUAUGACGUGGUGGAAGUCGUUGAGAGAGAUGAUCUGCAGAUCAGAGUCUUGCAUUUGGAGCGCGUGAAAGGUUUCAACUCGGUUUUCAGAGCUCGAGCAGACAGGGGACGAUCAGCCGCUGUGGUGGUGAAGAUGUCCGAGUUGCUUCGGUUCUCUCACCAGAUCCCUGCUCACCGCCUAACAAACGAGGGAGGUGGCAGCUUGAAGGGGUUCUGGGAGCUUGAUUCAGGAGCAUUGCCAGUUCGGUAUUUUAAUUGA